UGGGAAAAAAUUGUAAAAUAAUUGAAUUUUAAUUCGUUAAUAAUUUAUUUAUUAAACCUUUCGCAGCCCUCUUGAUUUACAAAUUAUAAACAAAAGAAAGGCCUCAAGCUGGCGGAGAAAAAAGUUCAAAUGGCAUUAUGCCAAACAUCGGUGUUGAAAGUCUACCACGCCGUCAUUGAGGAUGUGAUUUCAAAUGUCCGUGACGCUUUCCUUGACGAGGGCGUCGAUGAGCAAGUGCUGCAGGAGAUGAAACAGAUAUGGCGGAACAAGCUAAUGGCAAGUAAAGCCGUCGAAUUGAAUCCAGAGCAAGGCGAUAAUCAACCACCUCCCAUAGUGGCCAACAAUCCAAAGGUAAGCAAGCCUUCAAAGGCUGCUAAUGCAAAAGCCAAAAAGGCAGCUGCUGCUGCAGCCUCACAGAGCUCACCAGGAUCAGCUGCCAACGGCAACAAUAACAACAAUGGGAACACAGCGGAUGGAAAAACUGCGACUGCAUCGCCCGUCGUUAAGUCACCGCCUACUGGAGCUGUUGGUGGUGGCGGGGGUGGCAUUAAGAAUGGCGUAGUUGCUAUUAAACAGGAAGUCACUUCACAAAAUCCACCGCCAUUGCAGCCCACAUCGGGAGCCACAAUGCUGCAGAAGCAACAGCCGGUCGGUGCCGCCCCUGGCGGUCAAACGCCCAUUCCAAUUGUUGCAGCUCUCGAUCCCAAUCGCAUCAUGCCUAUUACACUACCAUCGCCACCUGGCUCGGCGAGCGCAGAAUCUCGCGUGCUAACCAUACAAGUGCCAGCGUCCGCUUUACAGGAGAAUCAGCUCACCCAAAUACUGACGGCUCAUUUGAUAUCGUCGAUCAUGACAUUGCCCACCACACUGGCCUCAUCCGUAUUGCAACAGCAUGUGAAUGCAGCCCUUAGCAAUGCCAAUCAUCAGAGAAACCUGACUAUUGCUAAACAAUUGGAUGGCGCUCUUGACUCAUCCGAUGAGGACGAGAGCGAGGAGAGUAAUGACGACAUGGAUAACGAUGAUGAUGAGGAUUUAGAUAAAGAUGAUGAUGAGGAUGCCGAGCAUGAAGAUGCCGCCGAAGAGGAACCUCUAAACAGCGAAGACGAUGUUACCGAUGAAGAGGCAGGCGAAAUGUUUGAAACAGAUAAUGUCAUCGUUUGUCAAUAUGAUAAGAUUACCCGCUCACGAAACAAAUGGAAAUUCUACUUAAAGGAUGGCAUUAUGAAUAUGCGUGGCAAGGAUUAUGUAUUUCAGAAAUCGAAUGGCGAUGCCGAAUGGUGAUAGCUUCAGCGACUGCAGCAAGCCACAUAAAAGACAAAAAGAAGCAACCUCAGUUUAAUGUUGGUUAGUCUACAACACACAAAAACAAACACUCACACACACACGCACACCUACACGAUGUCCUCAAUAGAAUGGCCAUUUGGCUGCAGCCCCAACAACAAACACAAAAUCAACCACAAUUACACAUGCGACAAAUCGCUGAAUAUACAUACAUAUAUAUAUUUACAUUUUAAGUUUUGUUUAUACUUUCUAAUUGACCAUUGUUUAUGUAUGUCUAACAAUGCAGUUGCAUAUUUUUGCCAAUAAAUAAAUAUUUGUGCAUACAUACAA